CCCCCCCACGAGAAGAAAGGCGAGGAGAGAGGCGGCGCGCAAUGGCGGCCGCGCGCUGACGCUCCCCUUCGCACAGGCGGCCGCCUGACCACCGCCACCGACUCGGCCACGUCGACGCGCAGUGCCCUCCAACACCGCGACCCUCCGCGCCCCCACCAACCCAUUCGCUCAUCGCGCAACGGCGACCCGUCUUUUAUUUUUUUUAAACUUCCGUUGACAAUUUACGGGGCGGCGGCGGCGUCGACGUCGUCGCUAGUUUUUUGUGUUUUUAAACAAUAAUCGCCCCCCCCCCCACCACAACCCCAACCACCACCAGCGCCGUCGUUCGCCCGCCCCGCUCGUCCCCCACCCUCUGCCGUGUGACGCUGUCGUCGUUGUCACCGUCGUCGUUUUUUGUUGCGGAGGCUGCAAAGUUUGCGCUGUGAAAAUGGCGAGCGCCGGCGCCUCCAAGUCCGAGUUCAUCGUGGGCGGCAAGUACAGACUCGUGCGGAAGAUCGGCAGCGGGUCGUUCGGAGACAUUUACCUCGCCAUCAACAUCACCAACGGCGAGGAGGUGGCCGUGAAACUGGAGUCGCAGAAGGCGAGACACCCGCAGCUUCUUUACGAGAGCAAACUCUACAAAAUACUGCAGGGCGGCGUGGGCAUCCCACACAUUCGGUGGUACGGUCAGGAAAAGGACUACAAUGUCCUCGUGAUGGACCUCCUGGGGCCCAGUCUUGAGGAUCUCUUCAACUUUUGCUCACGUCGCUUCACCAUGAAAACUGUCCUCAUGCUUGCCGACCAGAUGAUCAGCAGGAUUGAGUAUGUCCACAACAAAAACUUCAUUCACAGGGACAUUAAACCCGACAAUUUUCUCAUGGGGAUUGGACGCCACUGUAACAAGUGCACGGAAACAACGGCUGGGAAGAGGAAAAGGAGCACCCAGUGUGUUAGCCAGUGUCUCGACCAGACGUCAUUCUCGGGACUGCAACAGCUGUUUUUGAUUGACUUUGGGUUGGCAAAGAAGUACCGCGACAACAGAACCCGUCAGCACAUCCCAUACCGGGAGGACAAGAACCUGACGGGCACAGCACGUUACGCCAGUAUCAAUGCCCAUCUGGGAAUUGAGCAAAGUCGCCGUGAUGACAUGGAGUCCCUGGGAUACGUUUUAAUGUACUUCAACAGGACAAGCCUCCCUUGGCAGGGCCUCAAGGCUGCCACCAAGAAACAAAAGUACGAGAAAAUUAGUGAGAAGAAGAUGUCUACGCCCGUAGAGGUCCUGUGCAAGGGUUUUCCAGCAGAAUUUGCCAUGUACCUCAACUACUGCCGUGGUCUGCGGUUUGAGGAGGCUCCAGACUACAUGUAUCUGAGGCAGCUCUUUCGCAUCCUCUUCAGGACUCUGAACCACCAGUACGACUACACGUUUGACUGGACAAUGCUCAAACAGAAGGCUGCGGCUGCUGCUGCUGCAGCCUCAAACCCACCUGUCCCUCCAGCAGCGACCCCCUCCGGCAAGCCAGCUGAAAAAUCAAAAAGCAAAGGCUAAAGGGCCUCUCCGUUUCUCCUUGAUUGCACAGAUGUGGACAGAUCUUGCUUGAAAUCGCUGCUGAGUCUGUUUCACUCACGUGGGACAUGAGGCCUCAGGCACUUCACCUAGAACUACUGCUCGCUGAGACCAUCGGCUGAGCUCUGUCCACGGUCCCUGUCUUGGUCCUACUCUUUCUGUCAGUCUCUUGCUUUCCCUACGUGGAUAUCUGCUUUACUCGGCUUGUGCCAUGCUCUUCCAUCCAUAGCAUGAUGCGGAUGUCUGUGCCAGUAAUGGCCGCGCUUUGCUUGGUAUUUAUGUAAUCCAUGAAUGUUAAUUACACCAAGUUGAACAAAGUACCAAGGGUACCAAAGAGGUCUGUGUAUAGAAAACACUUUAUUUUAAGUGACUUGAUGUGAUGACAACUGCAUAGUUUAAUUCUGCUCAAUUUUGAGCUUGAUACUGUUUUUGUUGCCUUUGAACAAUGCUGCUGGCAACUGAUGGACCUGGCACUUAAAAUAAUCUGUUUACUGUUCUUUUACAUUUGUGUAAGUUCAGUAAGUGUAUUCAUCAAGAAUGAAAAAGCAAAUACACCUCAUAGGGAUACCGUUUUUAAGAGUCCAGCAUCCCUUUGAGUGAUGAAGUAUGAAUAAGUGUAAUAUGCUUAGUUUGCCAUUUUAAUGCAUUGCCCUGCAUCUAUUUAAAUACCAGUGCUUGCUCUUUUCCUGCAGGAGAAAAACCAAAUAAGUGCGGUGUCGAAGCAUGCUGCACGCUUUCCCCCUUUGGCCAUUUUCAGUCAUUGGGUGGCUAACGCUCUCUUUUCUGUUCACAGCAGGCUACUGAGCUGCUGAGCAAGAACGCAAACUGAGCGCACAAAACGUUAAACCUGCAUGUGUCAGUGGCGGCAUGGCACGGCCCUCCAAACCUCUGCCUCCCCUUUUGAGUUGCUCUCUCCUGCGGGCCCCCCCCCCCCCCGCUGGCCCAGCUCCACACAACCUGCUCAGACUUGUCCUGUCCAGUGCUGGAGAUCCUGCUGCCUGGCGCAAUGCCUCAGUGCCUCGGCGGUGCAGGUGUCCCGGCUGUGAAGGAUGCUUGGAAUGUAGAUAAGAGCACCCUCUUUCCGUGUGUUAAAAAAUAAUUAAAUAAACCUUAAUUCUAAAGUUGCUAAUUGCAUUACACGAGCUUGUUAUUUGAGUUGUAUAAUGUAUUUUUUUUUUAUUCAGACAAGUUUUCACUUCAUUUGGAGCAAUUGAAACUGCGUUUGGUUUUUCUACGCCUGUUCCCGAAAGCUUCAUUCUUGAUGUGCAUGGCCUCUCGUCACCAUCAUACCAUAUCGUCACAUUUUUUUUAAUGAAAUCACUGGGGAUGGCUGACGUUAUACGGUCUGGCUUUGUGAUCGGUCUAAGGUCAGGGGUGUUAAGUACAUGGCAACAUCCCAUUUGUUCAGGGAGUGGCGUGCAACUAUCAUUGCAUCUGUUAAGGGUGCUGCCAAACUCCCAUUGUAAUGUCUUGUCGUUUCUUUACGUGAACAUGGUUACAUUUAUUUAAUUAAAUUAUCCCUUCCAUUGGUCGAAUAGUUUGUGAAUGACAUCCGUGCUGCUUAAUGUAACCGACAUCCUGGAUUGGCAAAGCACUUCUCUCCGACAGGGAUAUUAACAUGGCAUUCUGCACCAAUGUGGCGAAACACAAAAUACCAUUAUCUGUUUUUAUAAGUUAAAUACUGGAAUUACGUUUUAGUCAGUUUCUGUUUUUUGCACCGAAACGGCCAGUUACCACAAACAUGCGAUUGGUAUCGUGCAUUAAUUUGAAUUUGCAAGCGUAGCUAUUACGAUUUUUUAAACAAGUGUUUUAAUGGGCUCUUCAAACAGUUGGACAUAAUAGAUUUAAAUGCUGUUUUCAUGCCUAUAAAGUACAGAAAUAAAUUGUGUAUUGUGUCAUUUUGAAAUUGCAAGCUUUGUGUUGCGAUGCUUCAAAAGCAUAUCACACUGCAUAAACUCGAAUGUACACAAUUGAAGGCGUGGUAUAUAUACCCUAACCACUUGUACAUUGUAAAUGGCUCUUGACUGGUGCUUACAGCCUACACUUGCGUUCUGAAGUAUAUUGAUCUUUCUCCUCAUUGAUGUAUACUUUACUGGCUACAUGUAUACUAAUGUAAAACCUAGUAACGAGCAUUUAAAGAAAAAGACAUUUACUUUUUGUAAAGAGUUAUAAUAUUCCGAUGUUGACUAAUUAUUGUACAAAUAAAUGUGUGCUUAAACAUUAGAAGUUAAACGUUUUGUUUACACACCAUUGCAAGUUUUGAAAAUAGAUUUGCACAUGGGUUUCACUCGUUUAAAUCGACAGUGAGUUUAGUUUUUAUUACUUAUUGGUUUGGACGAUUACUUAGCAGUUGUAUUUUACUGUGCAUCAUUCAAGGGGUAGGGGAUGGUCGUGUUGCUGUGUGUGUGGAACUGCUGAUGGCUUUGAAAGGGCGAUGAAGUCAAUGCCAUGUUCGGGAGAGCGUGCCAUGCGAUGCUAAAGGGCCCCGACAUGUGUUUUGUAUGUACUGUUAUAAAACGACGUUUGAAUGCGAAAACCAACGUAUGCAUAGCCAUUAAACUUUCAAUAAACACUUCUCCAGCUGAA